GGAUCGAAGGAGCAGAUGAUGGCUAGAGCAUUCACAUCAGGGCUGAAUCCAGAUAUCCCAGUUAGAACCGUGGCUGAAGUCACAGGUCGCCCCAGCCCUCUUUAGAGGAACAAGGGGGGUGGGUGCCAAGUCCACGAUGCUAAGACGGGUGGCCGGAGCGCCGCCCCCAUAAGGGGAGGGAGGGGUAGCGGGGCUGAGGGGUGCCCAGCUGCCAUCCCCGCCGCCUCCUGGCCCCCACUCGCUGGCGCCGAAGUGGGAGGACCGCGGCUGCCCGCUCCCUCCUCCCCACAUCCUCACUACCUGCCCAGUCCUCGAAGCGAAGCGUGAGGAGGCUGCGAGCCAGUGGGGCCGAGCCCACAACUUUGCAGCCUCGGGCUGGACGAGACCCGGCGUCCAGGGCUCCUCUUGUCGGCGACCAGAGCUCGGAAUGUGAUCGAGGAUGCUGGCCCUGAGGCUGCUCAACGUGGUGGCCCCCGCCUACUUCCUGUGCAUCUCACUGGUGACCUUCGUGCUGCAGAUCUUCCUUUUCCUGCCCAGCAUGCGCGAGGACCCCGAGGCUACCCCGCUGUUCUCCCCCGCGUUGCUCCACGGCGCACUUUUCCUGUUCCUCUCAACCAACGCCCUGGGCAAUUAUGUCCUGGUCAUCCAGAACUCCCCAGACGACCUGAACACCUGCCAGGGAACCCCGGCCAGGAGGGCUUCGUGUCCCCCGCCUAGCACCCACUUCUGCCGAGUGUGUGCCAGAGUCGCCCUGAGGCACGACCAUCACUGUUUCUUCACGGGCAACUGCAUCGGCAGCAGGAACAUGCGCAACUUCAUCCUGUUCUGUCUCUACACCUCCCUUGCCUGUCUCUACUCCAUGGUGGCUGGUGUGGCCUACAUCUCUGCAGUCCUCUCCAUCUCCUUCGCCCACCCCCUGGCCUUCCUCACGCUCCUGCCCACCUCCAUCAGCCAGUUCUUCUCCGGAGCUGUCCUCGGUUCUGAAAUGUUCGUCAUCCUGAUGCUCUACCUCUGGUUUGCCAUCGGCCUGGCCUGUGCAGGCUUCUGCUGCCAUCAGUUGCUGUUGAUCCUCCGGGGGCAGACGCGCCACCAGCUGCGCAAGGGGGUAGCAGUGAGGGCUCGGCCCUGGCGUAAAAAUUUACAGGAGGUCUUCGGGAAGAGGUGGCUGCUGGGCCUGCUGGUGCCCAUGUUCAAUGUUGGAGGUGAGAGCUCCAAGCAGUGGGACAAGUAGCAGACACUCCUGUCAUUUUUCUGUGUGCGUGUCUUGACUCCUUGUGAACAUAAGACCAUGGUCCCUUGUUUCCACCACUGACCCACUAUAACCUCUGGCUGGUAAGGUCCUAGUGUGCACCCUUUAUUUCUGACAUACAGAAAACAGCUUUGGCUGAUGGAUCAUGACAAGAAGAAAAAAUGGCCACCCAGGCAUUCCUAGGCUCCAUAGUAGCCAGCCAACUGUUAGGAGGUCUCUGCUUUUGCUUCUUCCACUUGGGGUCCCUUCUUUCCCCUUUUCCUUGGCUCAUCCACUCUUGAUCAUGUCCCAUCUGGUCCCUACUAUCUGUUAGAGUGCCUCCUCUCAGCCCAUGUUAGGAGUGGGGAGUGGAUUCCUGCAGCCGAAUGAUGCUCUCCAGGACCUGGAGGCUGGCAAAAGUGCUUAAAUUACCAAGUGUGAGAAGCAGCCAAGUCAGCUUCACCAACUGCUGGGGAAUAGAGGGGUGUGGGCCCUCAUCCCCUCUGGAACUGUGGGCAGUUGAAGGGGAAAAGAACUCAGUAGUCAACACCUUCCCCACAAGUCGGAAAUCCCUUUCUCUGGGAGACAGCAACUAAUGGCCAGGGAUUUCCAGUUGCUGUCCCCUGUCCACUCCAUCCCAGCCAGCCACCCCAGCCCAGUCCAGGACCUGACUGGAUACUUCAUUUCCUAGCACUGUUCUAGCCUUUUCCCUGGGUCUCCAGCUUCCAGGUCUUUGCUAGAUGCUGGGAAAGCAAGGAAGAAGGAAGGAAAGGGGGAAUACUGAUCAAUGAGAGAGGCAUGUGAGUGCACAGCCUUAUGGAAGGCGACACGUGUGUGUGUGUGUGUGUGUGUGUGUGUGUAUGUAUACA